AGGCGUUGGUCCCUGGGAAAGGAGGUGGAAGGACGCCAGAUCUUAUACUGACACGUGGCAACUUUUCAUAACCUCAAGGUUGGACCGGCGGGAAGAACGUUCCCUACAGGAGACGCGCAAUAGGAACAGGGCUCCCUUGUUCAGUCUUUGAAGCACUGGAUGAAACAUAAUGAUUCAGUUAUUGCUUCAACAGCCGGCAUUUCGACUGACAAAGCACAGCUCAGCAACGGCCGUUAUCUUGUUUACCCCAGCGCGGCCUCUGCUCUCCUGAGCAAACUCUGGACUUUGGGUCUGAGAAAGAGCUGGCACAAUCCAUAGACCAGGUUGUUAUAUAAAAUGCACAUGGAUUUUAACCCUUCAUCUGGACCCCCCCCAGCCCUGCCGGUGCCCCUCACUCCCGACCCGCAGCCCCCUGCUAGCCCAGCCCUGGCCCCCCCCAGCCCUGCCGGUGCCCCUCACUCCCGACCCGCAGCCCCUGCCCCCAUUUUCCACCCGGGGUGGGAGUGAGCCCAGAUUGACCCCAGGGGGGGCUGAGUUCAGGACGCUCCAGCUGGUAACCUCGGCUAGGGGUUGCCAUGGGGGUGGGGGGGGGACACUGACCCCUAGUGGCCAAAGUGACCAAGCUCUACCCAGCUCCACCCCCUGCAGUCAUCUGUCAUCUUGCUACCCCAUAGCCCCCCCACAUACCCCAAUAGCCCCCAAUUAGCUACCCCCAGAGCCCCCAUUAUCAUCAUAGCCUCCACUAGCUACCCCUAUAGCCCCCCCCAAAAAACCCAUAGCCCCCCAGCUACCCCCAAACUCCCUUUUCCACCCCCGGACUUUGAGUCAACCCGGAAAUCGCAGCCCUCCCCCCACAGAGACCAGGACACCCAGGCCGCCUUUGGCCCACACAGCAGUUUAGUCUGAAGCCAUCGGCCACGAAGCCGCCACGGACCCCGCGCGAAAGAACCAGUCCUGGAGCGAUGCCCCAAUAAAUAACAGGAACUGUCUGAAUCGGCCCUUCGACAGCGCUGUGUGUCGGGGACCAUCGUCUGCCGUGGGUCGGUCAGCGCCGGCCUCAACAUCCAAACAUCCGGUGAAAAUCUGUCCCAGAGCCGGGGAGAGAACCCAGGAGUCCUGCCUCCUAGCCCCCCCACCCCUGCUCUAACCACUAGACCCCACUCCCCUCCCCGAGCCACAGAGCGAGCCCAGGUGUCCUGGUUCCUUAUUUCAUGCUGGGCCCCACUCCCACCCCUCAUUCCCCACCCUCCUGGCCUGGCGUGGCAACCCCCAUGGUGUGCCCUGGGGCAUGUGCCGGGGAGGUGGGCAGACUAGGAAAGGGUGAGUCAGGCCUGGGAGUAGAUGGAUUAAUAUUUAAGCGCCGAUAACAAAUAAAUGAGUGAGGCAGCGUCAGUCGGAGACGGAGCCGUCCGGGGGAAACCGAAUAGGAGCAGACGGGAGCGGCUGCCGCUGGCGCCUGGACCCAAACCCCACCUCACCAAGGCUGGGACCUCCUUCCCUCAUCACCGCUGGGAGCCAUGACUGCCUCGGACUCCUGGGUCCCCUUCCGGCUGCCCCUGCAGCUCAGCCUCUACCUGCUGGCCAUCAUGACCUUCUCCUUCCUCAUCCACCUACGCAGCUGGUUCUCCACUGAAAGGCAGAGGCUCCACUCCCCAAAUGCCACGGACAGGUCCCCAACCACGCACCCCACCACAACCCCCGCCACGGAGCAGGGCAUGUGGACCGUGAACUCCGCCGGGCGCCUGGGGAACCAGAUGGGGGAAUACGCCACCCUCUACGCCCUGGCCAAGAUGAACGGGCGCCAGGCCUACAUCCUCCCGGAGAUGCACCAGCAGCUGGCGCCGCUCUUCCGCAUCACCCUGCCCGUGCUCUCCAGCGACGUGGUCUGGAGCGUCCCGUGGAGGAACUAUGGGCUCCACGACUGGAUGUCGGAGGAGUACAGGCACAUCAAGGGGAAAUACGUCCGGCUGACAGGCUACUCCUGCUCCUGGACCUUCUACCACCACCUCCGGCAGGAGAUCCUCCAGGAAUUCUCCUUCCACGACCACGUCAAGGAGGAGGCCAACCGGUACCUGGCUGGGUUGCGUGGGCAGCGCCGGAACGUGACCUACGUGGGCGUCCACGUCCGGAGGGGGGACUACGUCCGGGUGAUGACCAAGAAAUGGAAGGGGGUGGUGGCGGACAAGGCCUACCUGGAGAAGGCCAUGGGCUACUUCCGGGCCAAGUACCAGGAGCCGGUCUUCGUGGUGACCAGCAACGGGAUGGAGUGGUGCCGGGAGAACAUCGACACCUCGCGGGGGGACGUGUAUUUCUCGGGGGACGGGAAGGAGUCGUCGCCGGGGAGGGACUUUGCUCUCUUGGCCCAUUGCAACCACACGAUCAUGACCAUCGGGACCCUCGGCAUCUGGGCCGGUUACCUGGUCGGUGGGGAGACCAUCUACUUGGCCAACUACAUGCUCCCCGAUUCCCCCUUCCUCAAGAUCUUCAAGCCUGAGGCCGCCUUCCUGCCCGAGUGGAUCGGGAUCGACGCCGAUCUCUCCCCGCUGCAGAGGGGGACAUCUGGCUAAAGGAGCUCAGCCGGUGGCCACAAGCUGCCAACGGGAUCCACCCACCAGGACUCGGCCGAGGAGUGGGCACCUGGGACCCCUGGCUGAUGCCGGCUGCGCUGGGGAGAUCGGGGGAGAUUGGAGCUGGGCUGGUGGGGUUCAGAGCCCACACAGAGGAGCCAAUGACCCACAUCGGACUUCUCAUAGGAGUGUCCAGAGAAAUGGGCCCAUCUCCAUCUGCAAGGUUGAAUGGUUAGAGUGGGGAGACUGGGAGCCAGGACUCCUGGAUUCUCCCCCUGGCUCUGGGAGGAGUGUGGGGUGUAGUGGGUGGGGGCUGGGAGCCAGGAUGCCUGGGUUCUAUCCCCAGCAGGGAGGGAAAACCAACUUCAUUAGCUAGGUCAGGUAACUCUUGAUAAGCAUUGGCCUUUGUUUACGUUAAAGGACUUUUGUUUUCUAUUGU